AUGCUGCCGAACAAAACCAACUUGAAGUCCUUGACUACUCCCAAUGAUCAGUCGCAGAACGAGAUGCCACUUUAUGAACAAUUGACUGCAUCAGAAGAAUCACAUAACUGGGAACUUGAAGAUCGUGUCAACUGCCGUGCAGAGGAUAUCGACAUUCACCAACAUGUCAUUCGUCUCCUGGAGACCAACCUCAAAAUCCAGGAGGAACGGAUCUCAGAGACAAUGUCUGAGCUGGGGAAGGAUCCUGGGAGCAGGAUAAGCCAUGCUCGUCAGAGCAGUGAUGAAUCUUGUCGAAGUCUAGGACAGCUCGAGGAUCUACACACCGCACGUCCUGGGCGGAGACACAGGAGAGUCAGACCAUCUGACUCGAUCGCAUCUAAGUCGUCAUCUAAACAUCGACGAUCAUCCACCUCCAAUGGCUUGUCAGAUUUCAUCACCGCAAUACCCAAACCUCCUGCAAUCACCAAGCAAUUGUCUCAAUAUGUCCUUCGUGCGCAACGGAAGUUCAAGCCGUAUGACAAGCCGCAUGGUCGCUUGCCCACUGCACUAGAGCUCCGUUAUGUUGAUAGGUUUUGCGGGAAGUGCCCCGGCGAGACUGAUAUGAGUCUGGCAGAUGUCAAAGCGGGCAAAGACGUCUUUGAGCGUGGUGUUGCGCUCCUAUCUAAGGAGACUAUCACUCAAAUUGUUGUCGCCAAGCGAGCUGCUUGUGAAUCUAUGCGCUUACGCGCUAUGACAACGGCUUGGGAAAUCCAAGCCUCAUCGGAACACUCUAAGCUUCUUGAAUUGAUUUUUAAGGAGGAAGCUAGAAAUUUUGCCGACCGCGCCGCAGCAGUUUCCUUUAUGGAAAUGCUCGUUCCACAGAACAAGCAAGAGCUUGAAGCUUCUAUGGACUUCCACGUUGGCGCAUACAGUCAUGACCUCACGUCACUCGCUGUUGGUGACUUACAGCUUGAACAAGUUGAGGGCCUUGCACGCAACUUACCCGAGGAAGAUGGCUCGGAUGUGGAGAGGAAUCCUGUGGAGUCCGAGUCCGAAUCCGAAUCCGAAUCCGAAUUGGAUGGCUGA